CACGGACCAUUCUGUUCUUUCUUUCUCUCUUUCUAAAAUGCUCACACCAAAUCAACACCGUCAACAAACACACCUUCUUCACAUAUUUCAUGUAUUCCUCGUCACUCAUCUCUAGCUUCAUCACACAUUCUGUUUAUCUCUUUCGUUAGGUUAAACUUCAACCUACCUACACUACACCUUCUCUAAACUCUAAUCCAUGUCAAUCAACUCAAUAGGUGAAUUCAACGUCUCAUGCUCUGCAUUUCCUAUUCUCGUUUCUUAAACUGAUGCAGUAUAUAUCUACCUUCUUAACUUAACUUAAGUACUUAACUUAAGUCUAACUUUCUUCUUCUUCAUCGUAAUCGAAAUCGCAAACUGCAUGUUAUUGGAAAACGUGCUUCCGUAAAGGAUUCUGAUUCUUAUUAUAUACUACUCUUGUUGCUUUAUCAAGCUCCUUCCAUGGACGAUUACAUGCUCAUUAAAAGCCAUCUUUCAUUGGAUUUGGAUGAUCAACUCAUGAAUACCCAAACCUUUGUCAUGAAAAUGGUGGAAAAUGUAGAAGAUCCUUAUUCUGUGUGCAUUGAAAAAGAUGUAGAUAUCGAGAAGGGGAAGUCAGAGACACCUGGAAUCAAUCAAGAAACUGUUGGUGACUUAAAGAAUGAGGAAGGACAGAUGUUGCUGAUGAAUAACAACCUGAUCUUACCCAAGUUCUCUAUUCGAGAGGCACCCAGAAUGAGGAAAUACAAGCGUUCUUCUUCCUUCAAUUCAAGAAAAGUUCUUCUUCUGUUCUCAGUAUUGUCAAGCUUGGGAACUAUUAUACUUAUAUAUCUUACACUCAGAAUUAAACAAUUUGGUGAUUGGUGAUGCCUCUAUCCAUUCCAUAUAUAAAAACUUAAACUUACUUUAUAUUCAUUCACUUAGAGAAUGUUAGUUUAGGGUUGUGUUUUUUCAUCUGCUAGGAUUGUUUUUGAAUGUUUUGAAGCAUCUUGUGCUUUCAGAUGUAGAUAACUUGAGGAUAGUGUCAUGUAUGUAUAAAUCUAAUUAAUAUAAAUGUUGUUUUUGUGUUAAAAAUA